AAAACGGCGAGCCGACAGCUUCUUCAGCAUCCGAUAGCUUGCCUUAAUCCUCGUUUUUCAUUUCUACUCACCUGAAUCCGAACUAUCCGAUUUAUUCUACCUCGCGACAUACUUCGCAAUGGCAACAGAACAGCACACUCUCCCUGUUAACGGCAACUAUGCCCCCCAGGGCCAACCAUACGGCUCGGAGUACCACGCUCAAGCUGCCGGUCCGGCUUCUGGUUCUUUCGCCCCCCAGGGUGCUAGCGGUCCUUCUACCACCGACAGCGCCGCCUCUGGCUCCAACGGCAGCGCCUCUGCUACCGGCGCCAUCCCCAAGGAUGAAGUCGGCUGGUAUUUUGUUGAGCAGUACUACACUACUUUGAGCCGGAGCCCGGAGAAGCUUCACCUCUUUUACUCCAAGCGCUCUCAAUUUGUCUCUGGUCAGGAGGCCGAGAAAGUGGCUGUCUGCGUUGGUCAGAAGGCUAUCAACGAGCGCAUCAAGGAGCUUGACAUCCAGGACUGCAAAGUCCGUGUCUCCAACGUCGAUUCGCAGGCCUCUUUCCAGAACAUCGUGGUCCAGGUUAUUGGUGAAAUGUCCAACAAGUCCCAGCCUCACCGCAAGUUUGUCCAGACCUUUGUGCUGGCUGAGCAGCCCAACGGUUAUUUCGUGCUCAAUGAUAUUUUCCGCUACAUCAACGACGAGGAGGAAGAACUUGAGACGGAAGAGGCUCCUGUAGACAACGCCGUUCAGACCGAGGCCGUGCAACAAGCAGCUCCCACUGAGCCUGAGCACAGGACUCUCAGCAACUCUCCCGACCCCAAGGUCCGCGAGCAGGAUGCUGCUAUUAUCGACAAGGAGCUUGAGGAGGAGGUCGCCAAGGAGCCUGAGCCUGCUCCCACGGCCUCUGCCACCAAUGGCGCAGAGGUUGCUCCUGCAACUGAGGACGCCACUGGUGCCCCUGCCGCCACCAAGGAGGCUAAAGAUGCUCUCACUCCUGAUGCUGCCGAUUCUGCCGCCGCCGCCGAGUCCGCCCAGCCUGAGAAGCCAAAGGACCCUGAGCCUACCCCCACCGCUGCUUCGCCCAAGGCUGCCCCUGCCCAGGCUGCCCCGGCUCCUGCUCCUGCUGCAGCUCCCGCUGCCCCCAAGCCUACUGCCCCCAAGACUUGGGCCAACCUCGUUGCUGCCCACAAGGUUGCCACUCCCGUAACCCCAGUGCCCGCUGCUUCUACCUCGCCUGGCCCAGCUCAACCCCGCGCUGCUCCUGCUCCUGCCCCAGCUGCGGCUCCGGCUCCUGCGCCUGCUCAGGCUCAGGCUCAGGCUCAGCCCACUGCUCCUAGAGAUGCCUCUCCUGCCUCUGGCCAAGCUAGCCCCGGUGCCGGCUGGCAAACUGCAGGCAAUGACAACAAGAGACAUUCGCGCCCCCAGCCCACCGCCGGAGCUGGCGAGAAGGAAAAUGUCAUGGCCUACGUCAAGGGCGUCACCGACAAGGUCGAGGAGGCUGCUCUGAAGAGCACUCUUGAGAAGUUUGGCGAGCUGGCUUACUUUGAUAUCAGCCGCCAGAGGAACUGUGCCUUCGUUGAGUUCGCUACUCCUGCUGGCUUCAACGCCGCUGUCUCUGCCAAUCCUCACACUGUAGGCGGCGAGCAGAUCCUUGUCGAAGAGCGCCGUAUUCGUGCCGGCUAUGGUGGAUACGGCCCCGGUCGUGGCGGUCUUAACCGCGGCCGUGGAGGAUCUGACGGACGUCCCCAGGGCCGCGGAGGCUUCCCUCGCGAUGGCGGCCGUGGCGGCUAUGCUCCCCGCGGCAGGGGUGGCAAUGUCGCCCCCAAGGCGCGCGGUGGCAGCCAGGCUGCUUAAAUACUCACUUGCUGUCUCUCCUUAGCGAUUUCCACCGUCCCCUCGGAUCCAAAGCGGGCAGGGUACUACCGCUCGAUCUCUUUAUUCUAGCGAAGACCUUGGUUAGUCAUGAGACCUUGCCAUGGUCAUCU